UUGCGAAAAUCGAAACUCUUUUUUUGGAUGGAACCCUUAACACUAUAUGUUCCGCUACCGUUAUUUAUCUAACAAGAAAAGGGACGACUUUACUACCGCUUCUUCAGGUUAAAGACCUAACAGAACGUGCGGUGAAUUCCUUAUUAUCAAAAAUAACUAAUUUUGAACGAAGAAUAAAAGUAUUAGAAGUUUUACCGCAGAGUUUGUUAUUGCUGGUUAGGGACGCCAGCCCGGAAGAGCGACAUUGUCAGGAAAUAUUUUCUCACGAUGUCGAGGGUUUCUGCUACCCCCUAACUAUAUUAGCAGAACAGAAUACUCUAAAAAGGAUAGAAUCUGAACGCGCACUUACAAAUAUGGAAAUUGGGUAUAAAAGUGUCAUAGGAUUAGAUGCUGUAAAGGGAUUGAAAACUGAGCAAGAGCCCAACCUUGAUCGUACGAGAGAGGAAAUAGAACGAAAUAUAAGGACAUUACAAUCUAAACUUAGCUCACCGAUGACUGACGCAGAUAUAUCCCUUUACGGUGCUCUCAAAACUAAUCUAAGAAUAAAAAAUUUAGGAGUGAGGCAGAAGCAACUUUUCUUAGAACCUUGCGAAAAUAUGAAAUGUGUUCUUCCCACCUCAGUCACUUCAAGAUGCAAUGAAUUUGUAAAUAAUUUUAAUAAUAAUAAUGAAGUUCUGGAAGUGCUCAGAAAUAUUGUACAUAAUAAGAAAUGGAAGGAGGAUGAUGAUAAACUGAUAGAACGAACAGAUCGGGAGAUAUGGAAAAAUCCAGCAUUUAUAACUAGCGAAAUGCACAGUUCUCAAAGUGAGGGAACUUUUUUAACAGAUGUUAUCGUACCUUUACUUCGUGCCGGUUUAGGGGAUCUUCCAAAUGGUACUGUUUGUCUUAGCACUGCGAAACGUCAAAGCAUAGCAAGCAAGACCCAAAAAAGUCUUGGAUCGAAUGAGGAAAGGUACUCACAAACUCCCAAAACUCCGAUAGGAAAAAAGCCUGAUGUUAUGCUGAUGGAGAAAUGUAGCGGUAAAAUUUUUGAAAUUGCUUAUGUUGAAUCCUCACGUAUCAUCUGUACUAAUUCGAAAAAAGAUGAUGAUUCUGUAAAAUUAUGGAGAGAAACCCAGGAUGGUAUAAGCUUUGUCAAUAUCGCCUGUAGACUGUUAAGCAAUCAAUUUAGUAUUGUUGGGAUUCAGGUCGCCGGUGAAGAAUUAUAUCUAAAUGUUUUAGUGAAAGAUACAAAUGGGAUACCAAGAUAUUUCCAUCUUAAUCAAGCCCAAGUACCUUUUUCAAAAGAUACAUCAUGGCGUGUGGUACCUCUCGUUCAUUUAUUAUUAACCUUAAGAAACAUUACAAUAGUAAACAAAAGCUUAUUAAUGCAGGCAUUAGAGCAGGCCAACACACGUUCUCCACGAAAUGUUAAUCCAAGCCCUACAGUUUCCUCGCCAUUAAAUGAUAAUUAA